CGGAAACUUUAACGCAUGGCAGUUGCCGGCCUGCAGUGCCAGGGAUUAAUAUACGAGCGUUUCGUACUAGAUCGUCUCCCAUUCGAAGAACGACUCCCUGACGCACCGCACCGUCUUUCCUCGAUCGAUCUUUGCUCCGGGGGGAUUUCUCAUCCUUUCAUUCCCUUCGCUUCUCCACCGAUCUUUACGCUCGUUUACUACUGAAGGCCGGUCCUUCUUUCACUUUUCAUCCUCGACAACAACACCCCCAAUCUUCUCUCUUCUAUUCCCCAUCCAGCUUCUUCUUCUCCUUCCCCAAUCAAAGCCAUGGCCGAGGAAGCGAGCCACGAUUCUUUGGCGCCUGUCGCGGUCGAGCUCCCCGCCGUUGGGCCCCAGCUUGAGAAAGAGCCCCGACCAGGACGCCUGACUCCCCGUCCAAGCUUUCUGGAGAACCUGGCCAGCUCACGGGCCACGCAGUUCAUGCUGGACAGACGCAAUUCCAGCGAGCUGGAUCGCUAUUUCCACGGUCCACGAGAUCUCGACAGACACUCCAAAUGGCCCAUCUUCCUUCGAAUGCAUGGCAGUAUCAUGCCAAAAAUGAUCUUGCCACUUGCCUUUGUCGCGGCAUGGGCCACUUUGAUCACCUGCAUCGCAAAGUUUGUACAUAACAUCGGUAUCAACGACAUUCUGCUCACUGUGACGGGUUUCGUGGUCAGUUUGGCGCUGUCGUUUCGCAGUUCGACGGCUUAUGAGAGAUGGGCCGACGGAAGAAAGUACUGGGCACUCCUUAAUCAGACAUCUCGCAAUCUUGCACGGACUAUCUGGAUCAACACCGCAGAACGAAAUGGAGAGGAAGGAAAGGAGGACUUGUUGUCAAAAUUGACGGCCAUGAAUCUCAUCCUGGCCUUUGCCGUCUCCCUCAAGCACAAACUACGAUUCGAACCCGACGUCGGCUACGAAGAUCUAGCUGGUCUAGUUGGGCAUCUCGACACAUUUGCCAAAGAAGCGCACGACCGCGAGGUGCUUCAACCUCCGAAGAAGACCCCAUGGAAGUCGUUCGGUGAAUACCUGGGUGUUUCUUUCGCUGAAUCCAACCCGAGGAAGCUUGUCAAGCGCUCCAAGAAGCCAUUGGGCCAUCUUCCCCUUGAGAUCUUGAACCACCUCUCCGCAUAUAUCGACCGAUGUAUCGCGAACGGAACUCUCAGUGUCAGUCUCCACCAAAGUCAAGCCAUCACCGCCAUCUCUACCUUGAACGAAGUCCUCACCGGUACCGAACGUGUCUUGGACACCCCUCUUCCUGCCGCCUACAGUAUCUCCAUUGCCCAGAUUGCCUGGAUCUACGUCCUCGCGCUGCCAUUCCAGCUGUAUGAGUUCCUGAACUGGGUCACCAUCCCUGCUUCAAUGGUCGCCGCCUAUAUCAUCCUCGGACUUGCUUUCAUCGGCAGCGAAAUCGAGAACCCCUUCGGCCACGACGUGAACGAUCUCCCACUCGACACCUACUGCCGCCAACUCGCCGUCGAACUGGACAUCAUCACCGCCAUGCCCCCUCCCAGACUGGAUGACUUCGGCACCCGCGACGACAACUACGUCCUAUACCCUCUCAGCACAUGCGGUUACCCUGAAUGGAAGGACCGCAGUGUCGAAGAGAUUCGUGCCGCCCUGAGAACCAAGGUCGUCGCAAAUUACCCAGGAGCUACGAUGUCGGAUGCGGCGACAGUGAUCGGAAGCGUGCGAAGCAAGCAGUCUGUCUAGCCCACCAGACCAGGUCCAAACACACAAAUAUGAAAAUGUACAAAGUCACGGAAGGAAACAGGCCGGGUUGUUGUUCGUUUAUGAUGUUUACGGGUGGUGUCACUACUGGGAAUUGAGCUAGCAUGCGAGUCUGGUGUUCUGUUAUACAAAAAAAGGCAUGGCGAGGCAUUCGUUACAAUUGGAUUGGGUCUUUCGGUGUGAAUAUUUGCGAUUGGGUUGGAUUGUAUUAGUAUAUAUUUGGCCAUUGUGAAAAGGGAUAUAUUUGCAUAAAAGCUUGUUGAUAUUUAAUAUACUAUACAGGGAUUGAUCACAACUCAGCUGACAUUUCUGGUGUGCUGACUUUGUGUAUAUAAGUAGUUGAAAUACUCAGAAUACCAUGCUGG